AUGCUUUUAAACCGAGUUAUUGGUGCACAGAGUGGAGGUUUAAGAGCGGCACUUUUAGCGAAAAUGGCAGGCUAUGGUGGAGCUGCAGACGGAACAGCAUAUAACCCUCAAAGUCAAAUGAAUUUGAGUUCACUCAAAAAUCAAAUAGCAGAUGUCAAAAAGUCAAACAUAGACAUACAGAAGCAAAUAAGUGAAAACGAAAAGAAACUAGAAUAUGACAGACACACAAAGAAACUCAAUGAGUUAAACGUAGAGAAAAAGAAGAAAGAAGAACAACUGAAAGAACUAAGUACAGAGGAAUAUGCGAAAAAAGUGUCAGAAAAAGCAACAGAAGUAGCAAAAAUGGAACAAGAUGUCAUAAAUUUGAAAAACCAUACUACUCAAUAUAAAAUACUGAAAGAUGAAGAGAUAAAACAAAAAGCCCUGAAGACAUAUAUGGAUAGCGAUGAGUAUAAAAAAGAAGUUGAAGCAAAUGUAAAGGCAGAAAAACUUUUACAGUUGCAAAACCAAACCGUACAGUAUGAAAACUUAGCACAAGAAAGUAAAAAUAACGACGCAGCCAUGCAAAAGGCAAUGAAAAGCGCAGAAUAUAUAAAAGCUAACAAUGACUGGUUAGAUGCCCAAGCCAACGCUAAAGCAGCCCAGCUUAUAGGGUCAAUAAGGACAAAAAUACAAGCGGAUGAAGACAGUUCAAAUGAAGCUUUAACAAAUGCUGACUUUAAGAACGCCUUCGAAGCUCUUCAUAGUAAGGUGAAACAAGUGAACGACUUCUCAUCUGGAAAGAAACUGAAGUCUGAAGGUUUCGACAAAGAGUUAAAAGAAGUAGCACAAAAUAUGACGAAAAUAACAGAUGCAGCAACGAGACAGGCAGUUCAAAGUGCCUAUGACGCCGUUAGAGCAACUGUUGUGAAAAGUCAAGAAAAAGAGUUACAACAGACCAAAACAGACCUAGUAAAUGCUUUCUUAAAAACGAAAAGUCAGGUAGGACAUUACGCUGCAGAUGGA